GUUCAAUUGUAUUCCACCCCAAAGUUCAGUGUGAGAUACAAUGUAUUCAACUUGUAGUCUUAUGCUUUCAUAAGAAUUGCACAAGGACCCAUUUUGCCACAUGGAAAAUUCUUCAAGCUGUAAGUAAAGCCCCUUUUAUACUUUCUGUAGUUAUAAAACUGGGUAAUACAUUUCUAGUUGUAAAAGUAGAAAAAUGAGAUGGGUCUUCCUGGUUCUCCUUAUCUCAUAGUACCUCAUGACCAUUUUACUUAGACAUGAAACUCAGCAGAAAUUGAAAGUGAAAGUAGAUUGUGGCACAUAGAAGCCCCACCGCUGCGCUCUGUUAUCUUUGGUCAAACACAGGAACAUGGCAGAAUUCAGCAGCGUGCUAUCUCAGGACCACAUCGCUUGUCCGUUCUGUCUGGAAUCACUUGAUGAUCCUGUGACCAUUCCCUGUGGACAUACUUACUGUUCCGCCUGUAUUAAGCGCUGGUGGGAUGAGUAUGAUCACAGUGGCAACUACCCUUGUGGUCAGUGCAGGGAGACCUUCAAUCCAAGACCUGCUCUAAAAAAAAACACCAUGUUUGCUGAUGUGGUGGAGAAACUGAAGGAGACGGGACUCCAGCCUGCGCCUCCAGAGCAUGCAUACUCUGGACCUGAAGACGUGGACUGCGACAGUUGCACAGGCAGGAAACUAAAAGCGGUCUGGUCGUGUCUGAUGUGUCUAGCCUCUUAUUGUGAACUCCAUUUCAACCUUCACAACGAGCUAAAUGCCGGAACCAAGCACAAGGUCAUAAAUGCCACCACCAAACUGCGGGAGAGCAUUUGCACAGCUCAUGAAAAGCUAUUGGAGGUUUACUGUAACACUGACCACCAGUUUAUCUGCUGUCUCUGCGCCAUGGACACACACAAGGGUCAUGAUACCAUCUCUGUUGUGGAGAGUGCCGAAAAGCAGAGGCUGCUGGGAGUGGCCCAGACAAGGUACCAGGAGGGAAUCCAGAGGAAAAAGACGGAAGCACAGGGCCUGGAGAAGGCCAUAGACUCCCUCAAGAAGUCGGCCCAGACGUCUGUGGAGGAUAGCGAGCGAGUGUUUAAGGAGCUGAUUCACUCCGCCCAGUGGAGCUGCUCUGAGCUGACGAAGCUGAUCAGAGCUCAGGAGGAGGCUGAGCUGAGGCGGGCUAGAGGCCUCCUGGAGAAACUGAAGAAGGAGAUCAGUGAGAUGCAGGAAAAGGCUACUGAGAUGAGCGAGAUUUCAGACACGGAUGACCACGUCCGUUUUAUUCAGAGUUUUCAGCCUCUGUGUAGCCCUGCUGUAUCUGAGGACCCAUCCAGUAUUAUCACUGAUACAUGCUGGUCUUUUGGAAACUUGAAAAACUCUGUCUCAGACCUGCAAAAGCAACUACAGGAGUUCUGUAAGCAGGAGAUAGAAAAGGUAUCUAAAGGAGGGACUGAAACUGACACUAUCCAGCCUCUGGUGAAUAAGGAGGUUUCAUCAUCAGGUCCAGAAAGGGGACGGUGGGGCAAAAGCAAGAUGCCAUUGAGGGAAGAUGAUGAUGGUGAAGCAGAGAGAGAGGGGCAGCAAGAUGAGCCGCCGUGGAGGCGCCAAAAGUCAGAGGAGCGGGCGCCAGUGCACCAGACGCCAUCAGAGCCAUGGAAGAGGCGAGCGUCCUCGGAGGAGGCAGGGAGGCGAGGCACAGGACGGGCGCUGCCAGAGUGGCGGAGGAAGGUGCCCGAGAGGGAGGCAAGAGAGGCGAAAACAGGUGAUGUGGGACGGAGGACUUCAAGAGCGCAAGAUGGUCCAGGCUGGUAGCAGCAGCCUCAUAAGAGAGAGUGGCCAGAGGAGGGGUUAUCAUGGAGACAGUUAAUAUCCUACAAAUCAAAACAAUAAAUUGGGUAGUAUGAGUUAUUUCACUUUAAAAUGACUCUUAACAUUAAAUGCACGGUAUAUUUGUGAUGAUAAUGCAUCACAGUAAAAUAUUGGUUG